AUUGGACAGAUCAACAUGUUCCUUAUUAACUUGCUUCCAGUUGUACAUACUAUGAUGCAUCAUAUCUCUCCUCCACUUUUGUAGGAUAUCAUGUGAAAUCCUCUCCUUAUCUAUCUAUCUAAUCUCAAUCUAAAUCUUUUAUGCACUUGUUUCCCUAAUAGAAUAGAAUAUUCUAAUGGUGGGUGAGUUGCAAAAUGGGAUGCAGAUGGGUGCUGGAAUCUUGUUUUCUGUCAGGGGAACACACUGGACAGAAAGAAAUCCUUUUAUUAUUGAUGAUCAUGAUCAUGAUGAUGGAGAAGAGGGAAAAAGCAACCAGGCAGGCAAUAAGGGAAAAAAGAAUGGAUUUUGUUUAGUGAAUCCAUCCAUCCAUCCAUCCAUCCAUCCAUCCAUCCAUCUCUCUCUUCCUCUCUCUCUGCCAUUCUGUAGGAAGCAAAGCAUGCAUAUGCUUGUGGUGUGGCCAUAAACAUUGUUAUUUUAAGGGUGGUGGAACAGAAAAGGUUUGUUUUAGGAGCAGCUGCUGCAAGUGGAAUAAUGAGGUUAGAAGGGUUUGCUUGUACUGUACUGUACAACUGGUUUAUGAAUCACAGCUUG